AUGAAGUCCUUUACCGUUGCUGUGGCCUUUGUGGCCUCGUUUGCUGCUGCUCACUCCAGCGCCCCUGGCGACGAUGGCGACGACGAUGAUUCCUGCAGCACCAUCACUUCGCCUAGCGUCAGCCUGCCGACCGCACCCGCAUGUGCUACUGUGACCUCGACAAGGGAGCGCUGCUCGACCUGCGUGGUCCCAGCUUGCCUGGAAGUCUCCACCAUCACCAAGUCUUGCGUCUGCUCGGAACCGGUCCCGACGGUAUAUCUUGAUUUUCCAUGCUCUGAUGGGUGCCAGGGUCUUUGGUGCGAGAGGAGCUACUCCAUCGUGACCAUGGGCGGUUGCGCCACAGAUGUUCCGAGCACUUCCACUGUUGAACCCAGCGGUACUGACAGCACCUCGACUGUCGGGCCGAGCAGCGUGCCGAGCACAUCGGCCGCGGAGCCUAGCGGUACCCCAUCCACGUCCACGUCAGCCUCUGCAUCUCCGCCCACCGAUGGGCCUAGUACGGUUGAGACCACCUCUACUGUUGGGCCGAGCAGUGUCGGGUCUUCGCCGUCUACUGCCACGAGCUCGAUUGCCACUGGAGCUGCCGGGAGGUUGAGGGCGCCAUUCAAGUUGUGGUAG